AUGGCGCCGGGAAUUUUAUUUUAUAUUUUGGCGUCGCUGGUGUUAACGCUUGCCAGCGAAGAUGUACCAAAGAAUAAUACAAAAGCAAUAAUUGAAGCUGAGGUUCGUGAAGCUAGAGAUUACAAUGAAAAUAACAACGAAGUCGUGGUCGACAUUGAAGACGACGAAAAGAAACAGUAUUAUGAAACUAAUUACGAUACAAGUGCAUACGGAUUCGGAUACGACGUCGGACCAAACGGCCAGUUUCAUCACGAAAACAGAGGCCCAGAUGGUGUAACAUACGGUUGCUAUGGUUACGUUGAUCCCGACGGCUACCUUCGUGUCACUCACUAUGUCGCUGACAGUCAUGGUUAUAGAGUGGUGGAACCGGAAAAACCGGUCGAAGUCUUCCCGGACACCGACCACGUAUAUGACGAAAACUCGGAUAACGCAUCGGAAAUUCCGGGACAGAUAGUGCCAUGGAACAAACUGUAUUUACCCAAGGGAUGUGGAAAAACUCCAGGCGGCGUUCCUCCUAAACCUCGACCUAAACCAACUCCACGCCCGCCCACGCCUCCGCCAGACAGCACCGGUCAAAACAGCAACCCUAACCCUGGUGUGGUGUAUCCAAGUGGUCCAGGUUACUACCCUGGUACGCCUGGAACUCCAGGUAGCCCUGGAUCCCCAGGUUGGCCAGGCUCCCCUGGAAGCCCAGGAUCACCUGGUGGUCCCGGAGGCCCCGGCGGGUCAGGCGGUGGUUACUAUCCCGGAACAGGUGGAAGUGGACCUAAUGGCCCUAAUGGUGGAUCAGGUGGACCUGGCGGACCAAGUGGACCAAACGGCCCCGGUGGUCCAAACGGACCUAGUGGACCAAACGGACCUGGGGGUCCAAACGGACCGGGGGGUCCAAGUGGACCAAACGGCCCCGGUGGUCCAAACGGACCUAGUGGACCAAACGGACCAGGUGGCGGCAGUGGUUCUGGUGGUGGUGGUGGUUAUUAUCCAGGAUCGCCAGGCACUCCAGGGUCUCCAGGUGGUCCUGGUGGACCAGGUGGACCUGGAGGUCCCAGUGGUCCCUCUGGAGGAGGCUACUACCCUGGCAGCCAAGGUGGCAGCGGUGGGUACUACCCUGGACAAUCAGGCAAACCUGGUUCACCGGGAUCUCCAGGUGGCCCCGGCGGACCUGGUGGACCAGGCGGUCCAGGCGGUCCAAGUGGACCAGGCAGUCCUAGUGGACCAUCUGGUCCUUCUGGAGGAAGCUAUCCAGGCCAAGGUCCUUCCGGUGGUGGAUAUUAUCCAGGACAGCCAGGCACCCCAGGAUUCCCCGGUACACCAGGCUCUCCUGGUGGGCCAGGGGGACCAGGUGGACCAGGAGGGCCAGGUGGUCCAAGUGGACCUAGUGGCCCUUCGGGAGGCAGUUACUAUCCUGGUGGACAAGGUCCUUCAGGCGGUGGUUACUACCCAGGACCACCAGGCAAACCAGGCUAUCCGGGAACUCCAGGAUCACCUGGUGGCCCAGGAGGCCCAGGAGGUCCAGGUGGACCAGGCGGUCCAAGCGGUCCAGGCGGUCCAGGAGGUCCCUCUGGAGGUGGCUCUUAUCCAAGUGGUCAAGGACCUAGCGGUGGUUACUAUCCAGGACAGUCGGGCACCCCCGGUUUUCCAGGUACCCCAGGCUCGCCAGGUACACCAGGCUCUCCAGGUGGCCCCGGUGGCCCAGGUGGUCCAGCAGCUGGACCAAGUGGUCCUAGCAAUCCAGGAGGAUCAACUGGCGGUGGUUACUACCCCGGAACCCCAGGUAGUCCAGGAUUACCAGGCUCCCCCGGCGGACCAGGUGGGCCGGGAGGACCGGGUGGGCCAGGCGGACCCGGUGGACCCGGCAGCCCGAGCGGCCCUGCAGGUGGCGGUUAUUACCCAGGAUCUCAAGGUAAACCAGGACAGCCCGGCUACCCAGGCCAACCCGAUCAACCAGGCUAUCCAGGACAGCAAGGACAACCAGGCCAACCCGGUCAACCCGGUCAACCAGGCUAUCCAGGACAGCCAGGCACUCCAGGACAACCAGGCAAACCCGGUCAGCCCGGACAACCAGGAACUCCAGGACAACCCGGUCAUCCCGGACAACCCGGUCAACCAGGCUAUCCAGGACAGCAAGGACAACCAGGAACUCCAGGACAACCCAGUCAGCCAGGACAACCCGGCUACCCAGGCCAACCCGGUCAACCCGGCUACCCAGGCCAACCCGGUCAACCAGGACAACCGGGCUACCCAGGCCAACCCGGUCAACCAGGCUAUCCAGGACAGCAAGGACAACAAGGCUACCCAGGCCAACCCGGUCAGCCCGGACAACCAGGAACUCCAGGACAACCCGGUCAACCAGGCUAUCCAGGACAGCAAGGACAGCCAGGCACUCCAGGACAACCAGGCAAACCCGGUCAGCCCGGACAACCAGGAACUCCAGGACAACCUGGUAAACCAGGACAGCCCGGCUACCCAGGCCAACCCGGUCAACCCGGACAACCCGGUCAACCAGGCUAUCCAGGACAGCAAGGACAACCAGGACAACCAGGCAAACCUGGUCAGCCCGGACAACCAGGAACUCCAGGACAACCCGGUCAUCCCGGACAACCCGGUCAACCAGGCUAUCCAGGACAGCAAGGACAACCAGGAACUCCAGGACAACCCAGUCAGCCAGGACAACCCGGCUACCCAGGCCAACCCGGUCAACCAGGACAACCCGGCUACCCAGGCCAACCCGGUCAACCAGGACAACCGGGCUACCCAGGCCAACCCGGUCAACCAGGCUAUCCAGGACAGCAAGGACAAACAGGAACUCCGGGACAACCCGGUCAGCCCGGACAACCGGGAACUCCAGGACAACCCGGUCAACCAGGACAACCCGGCUACCCAGGCCAACCCGGACAACCAGGCUAUCCAGGACAGCAAGGACACCACAGCCAGGACAGCCAGGCAGCAAACCCGGUCAGCCAGGACAACCAGGAACUCCAGGACAACCUGGUCAACCAGGACAGCCCGGCUACCCAGGCCAACCCGGUCAACCAGGCUAUCCAGGACAGCAAGGACAAACAGGAACUCCGGGACAACCCGGUCAGCCCGGACAACCAGGAACUCCAGGACAACCCGGUCAACCAGGACAACCCGGCUACCCAGGCCAACCCGGACAACCAGGCUAUCCAGGACAGCAAGGACAACCAGGACAGCCAGGCAAACCCGGUCAGCCAGGACAACCAGGAACUCCAGGACAACCUGGUCAACCAGGACAGCCCGGCUACCCAGGCCAACCCGGUCAACCAGGCUAUCCAGGACAGCAAGGACAACCAGGACAGCCAGGCAAACCCGGUCAGCCAGGACAACCAGGAACUCCAGGACAACCUGGUCAACCAGGACAGCCCGGCUACCCAGGCCAACCCGGUCAACCAGGCUACCCAGGACAGCAAGGACAACCAGGAACUCCGGGACAACCCGGUCAACCAGGACAACCCGGUCAACCAGGCUAUCCAGGACAGCAAGGACAACCAGGACAGCCAGGCAAACCCGGUCAGCCCGGACAACCCGGUCAACCAGGACAACCCGGCUACCCAGGCCAACCCGGUCAACCAGGCUAUCCAGGACAGCAAGGACAACCAGGACAGCCAGGCAAACCCGGUCAGCCAGGACAACCAGGAACUCCAGGACAACCUGGCCAACCCGGUCAACCAGGCUAUCCAGGACAGCAAGGACAACCAGGACAGCCAGGCAAACCCGGUCAGCCCGGACAGCCAGGCAAACCCGGUCAGCCCGGACAACCCGGUCAACCAGGACAACCCGGCUACCCAGGCCAACCCGGUCAACCAGGCUAUCCAGGACAGCAAGGACAACCAGGACAGCCAGGCAAACCCGGUCAGCCCGGACAACCAGGAACUCCAGGACAACCCGGUCAACCAGGACAACCCGGCUACCCAGGCCAACCCGGUCAACCAGGACAACCCGGCUACCCAGGCCAACCCGGUCAACCAGGCUACCCAGGACAGCAAGGACAACCAGGACAGCCAGGCAAACCCGGUCAGCCCGGACAACCAGGAACUCCUGGACAACCCGGUCAACCAGGCUAUCCAGGACAGCAAGGACAAACAGGAACUCCGGGACAACCCGGUCAGCCCGGACAACCAGGAACUCCAGGACAACCCGGCUACCCAGGACAACCCGGCUACCCAGGCCAACCCGGUCAACCAGGCUAUCCAGGACAGCAAGGACAACCAGGACAGCCAGGCAAACCCGGUCAGCCAGGACAACCAGGAACUCCAGGACAACCUGGUCAACCAGGACAGCCCGGCUACCCAGGCCAACCCGGUCAACCAGGCUACCCAGGACAGCAAGGACAACCAGGAACUCCGGGACAACCCGGUCAACCAGGACAACCCGGCUACCCAGGCCAACCCGGUCAACCAGGCUAUCCAGGACAGCAAGGACAACCAGGACAGCCAGGAACUCCAGGACAACAAGGCUACCCAGGCCAACCCGGUCAGCCAGGCUAUCCAGGACAGCAAGGACAACCAGGACAGCCAGGCAAACCCGGUCAGCCCGGACAACCCGGUCAACCAGGACAACCCGGCUACCCAGGCCAACCCGGUCAACCAGGCUAUCCAGGACAGCAAGGACAACCAGGACAGCCAGGCAAACCCGGUCAGCCCGGACAACCAGGAACUCCAGGACAACCCGGUCAACCAGGACAACCCGGCUACCCAGGCCAACCCGGUCAACCAGGACAACCCGGCUACCCAGGCCAACCCGGUCAACCAGGCUACCCAGGACAGCAAGGACAACCAGAACAGCCAGGCAAACCCGGUCAGCCCGGACAACCAGGAACUCCAGGACAACCCGGUCAGCCCGGACAACCCGGUCAACCAGGCUAUCCAGGACAGCAAGGACAACCAGGAACUCCGGGACAACCCGGUCAACCAGGACAACCCGGCUACCCAGGCCAACCCGGUCAACCAGGCUAUCCAGGACAGCAAGGACAACCAGGACAGCCAGGCAAACCCGGUCAGCCCGGACAACCAGGAACUCCAGGACAACCCGGUCAACCAGGACAACCCGGCUACCCAGGCCAACCCGGUCAACCAGGACAACCCGGCUACCCAGGCCAACCCGGUCAACCAGGCUAUCCAGGACAGCAAGGACAACCAGGAACUCCGGGACAACCCGGUCAACCAGGACAACCCGGCUACCCAGGCCAACCCGGUCAACCAGGCUAUCCAGGACAGCAAGGACAACCAGGACAGCCAGGCAAACCCGGUCAGCCCGGACAACCAGGCUACUCCAGGACAACCCGGUCAACCAGGACAACCCGGCUACCCAGGCCAACCCGGUCAACCAGGACAACCCGGCUACCCAGGCCAACCCGGUCAACCAGGCUACCCAGGACAGCAAGGACAACCAGAACAGCCAGGCAAACCCGGUCAGCCCGGACAACCAGGAACUCCAGGACAACCCGGUCAACCUGGCUAUCCAGGACAGCAAGGACAACCAGGAACUCCAGGACAACCCGGUCAGCCCGGACAACCCGGUCAACCAGGCUAUCCAGGACAGCAAGGACAACCAGGACAGCCAGGCAAACCCGGUCAACCAGGACAACCCGGCUACCCAGGCCAACCCGGUCAACCAGGACAACCCGGCUACCCAGGACAACCCGGUCAACCAGGCUAUCCGGGACAGCAAGGACAACCAGGACAGCCAGGCAAACCCGGUCAGCCCGGACAACCAGGAACCCCAGGACAACCCGGUCAGCCCGGACAACCCGGUCAACCAGGCUAUCCAGGACACAAGGACAACAGGACACACAAACCCCAACCAGGACAUCCCGGCUACCCAGGCCAACCCGGUCAACCAGGACAACCCGGCUACCCAGGACAACCCGGUCAACCAGGCUAUCCGGGACAGCAAGGACAACCAGGACAGCCAGGCAAACCCGGACAACCAGGAACUCCAGGACAACCCGGUCAACCAGGACAACCCGGUCAACCAGGACAACCCGGCUACCCAGGACAACCCGGCUACCCAGGACAACCCGGUGAACCAGGCUAUCCAGGACAGCAAGGACAACCAGGACAACCCGGCUACCCAGGCCAACCCGGUCAACCAGGAUACCCAGGACAGCAAGGACAACCUGGUCAAUCAGGCUACCCAGGACAGCCAGGACAACCCAGCUACCCAGGUCAGCCCGGACAUCAAGGUACUCCAGGACAACCCGGUCAUCCCGGUCAACCAGGAACACCAGGACAGCAAGGUCAGCCUGGUCAACCCGGUCAACCAGGCUAUCCAGGACAGCAAGGACAACCAGGAACUCCAGGACAACCCAGUCAGCCUAGUCAACCAGACUAUCCAGGACAACAAGGCCAACCCGGUCAACCAGGCUACCCAGGACAGCAAGGACAGCCAGGAACUCCAGGACAACCAGGCAAACCUGGUCAGCCAGGACAACCUGGUCAGCCAGGACAACCAGGCUACCCAGGACAGCAAGGACAACCAGGACAGCCAGGCACUCCAGGACAACCCGGUCAACCAGGACAACCAGACAAACCCGGUCAGCCUGGACAACCAGGAACUCCAGGACAACAAGGCCAACCCGGUCAACCAGGCUACCCAGGACAGCAAGGACAACCCGGUCAACCAGGACAACCAGGCAAACCCGGUCAGCCCGGACAGCCAGGCACUCCAGGACAAUCCGGUCAGUCAGGACAACCAGGCUACCCUGGACAGCAAGGACAACCAGGACAGCCAGGCACUUCAGAACAACCAGGCAAACCCGGUCAGCCCGGACAACCAGGAACUCCAGGACAACCUGGUCAACCGGGACAACCCGGCUACCCAGGCCAACCCGAUCAACCAGGCUAUCCAGGACAACCCGGUCAGCCAGGACAACCUGGCUAUCCAGGCCAACCCGGUCAACCAGGCUACCCAGGACAGCAAGGACAACCAGGAAAGCCAGGCACUCCAGAACAACCAAGCAAACCUGGUCAACCAGAACAACCCGGCUCCCCAAGCCAACCUGGACAACCAGGCCAACCCGGAGAACCUGAUACUUCAGGACAACCCAGUCAGCCUGGUCAACCAGACUAUCCAGGACAAGAAGGCCAAACCGGUCAACCAGGACAACCCGGCUACCCAGGCCAACCCGGUCAACCAGGAUACCCAGGACUGCAAGGACAACCUGGUCAAUCAGGCUACCCAGGACAGCCAGGACAACCCGGCUACCCAGGUCAGCCCGGACAGCAAGGUACUUCAGGACAACCCGGUCAUCCCGGUCAACCAGGAACACCAGGACAGCAAGGUCAGCCUGGUCAACCCGGUCAACCAGGAACACCAGGACAGCAAGGUCAGCCUGGUCAACCCGGUCAACCAGGAACACCAGGACAGCAAGGCCAGCCUGGUCAACCUAACGGUGGCGAUUCAGUUGGUGCAUCAACGGGCACAGGAGUUCAACCGCCUUCCUAUCAGCCUGGUGGUCAAAUGCCACCAUUCCCGAUAUAUGUUAUACCAUAUCCAUUGCCCAUUGUACCGUACCCGGGGUCGUGUCCAUGCUACCUCUUAAACCCCGGUAACAACAGCAGCAGUACAGCCGUCACACAAGCUCCUGUACAAAGCCCGAACCAAUACUACGCGCCCUAUGGCAUCAUAGGCUUCCUGCCUGUAGUUUUUGUUCCAAGUUGCCCCGGAAAUGGAACAAACAUGCAAUCGGCACAACAAUACUUCCCCGGUGCCGCGCCCGUUCCGUAUAACUGCGCUCAGUGUCAAGCAAAUGCCGAUGUCUACAGAUACUUCGGGAGACUCGGAGGAGCCAGGAGUGUGAACUUCAACGACUUGAAAGAAAUAACGUCGCUAACGGAACUCGAAAGUUUAUUGAAAAAUGAAAUCAAAGUCCCCAAGAAGAUGCUCCGUCGAAUAACGGUUCGCCCCCGUGUUCUAGACGAGGAGAAAAACGAUAAGAAAAAUGGAAAAUCGAAUGAAUGA